UGAAACCCCCAAACAAACUCACUGUGGAACUCAACCCACCACUGCUGAAAACUCGCUCUUUUCCUUCAACCCCAUUCAGACUAUUUGUUUUUUCCACCUCGUGUUUUCCGCUUGUGGGUGACUGGGUGUUGUCUUUUUUCAGCUCACAAUGGUGCUUAUUACAUGCUACAUUAAUCUUAGCUGCAUUGCCCAUAUAUGCUUAGUAAUCAGCUUGUGGUUUUCAGCCAUGGUGUCAGGUGGCCCACUCACCCAUUCUACUAGCUCACAUUGGCUUCCGGCCACCGCUACUUGGUAUGGCAGUCCUGAAGGCGAUGGCAGCGAUGGUGGCGCGUGUGGGUACGGAUCACUAGUAGACGUGAAGCCGUUUAGGGCUCGUGUGGGAGCAGUGAGUCCAAUUCUGUUUAAAGGAGGGGAAGGAUGUGGGGCCUGUUACAAAGUAAAGUGUUUGGACAAAUCCAUUUGUUCUCGCCGGGCAGUAACUGUUAUAAUUACGGACGAAUGUCCGGGAGGUUACUGCUCUGGUGGGAACACACAUUUUGACCUCAGCGGUGCUGCAUUUGGUCGCAUGGCUGUUGCCGGGGACCACAACCAACUUCGUAACCGUGGUGUAUUGAACAUCCUCUACCGUCGGACACCAUGCAAGUACCCCGGGAGGAACGUUGCCUUUCAUGUGAACGAAGGAUCGACGAAUUAUUGGCUUUCACUUCUUGUCGAAUUUGAGGGUGGGGACGGUGACGUUGGAUCGAUGCAUAUCAAAGAGGCGAAGUCGACCGAGUGGCUACCAAUGAGCCAUGUUUGGGGGGCAAAUUGGGUGAUCGUUCGGGGACCUCUAAGGGGACCUUUUUCUGUCAAACUGACCACUCUCUCCACAAGAAGAACUUUGUCCGCUAGGGAUGUUAUUCCCGGGAAUUGGGCGGUCAAGGCUACAUAUACGUCCCGUCUUAACUUCGCCCAUUAAACAAAAAAUCUCUUAUUCAAAGGUUCAAAAGUUCUCUUCCUAAAUGAUCAAAAAAGCUGUUAUUACCCUUUCUAAAUUGACAUUCUUCAAAUAAUAAGAAAGUAAAUCCUCACAUUACCCUUUUACCAUCCCAGGGUCAGAAAGGUAGUUUUAACCUUCACCCUGUCGUUUCAAUGUAGACGUUAGCAGUUGGUGAUUUUUGGUGAUGGAAAUGGAUAAAAGUAACCGUUGGGAGUGUGAGUAUCGUUCUCUAUAUCUACAUCACAUUUAAUGAUAUGUGGGUGUUUAGUCAAGUGGCUAUAUUGUAAUUUAAUGUUGUUUUGAGGGUUUUUUUGCAGCCCCUUCCCAAAAGGGGAGUGAGCGUGCCUUUUUCUUUUUACUUUUGUUAAGUGGUUAUAUUGUAAUUUGAUGGUAACUAUUUUCCUUGGUAGGAUAUUGGGAGGUUGUGUGGGAGCUUUUGGUGUUUUGUUUGGUUUGGUAAUUAUAUUUGUUGGAUUAGCUUGAA